AUGGCAGGUGUGCAACAGAGCCAGAAGCAUGGGAAACGAUGCUUUGUGACCAUCGGCGCUACCGCCCCUUUCAACAGCUUGAUACAGGCUGUGCUCCAACAGAGUUUCGUUGAUGCUUUGAGCGGAGCUGGAUACGACGAGCUACGAGUUCAAUACGGUAAUCAUGAGGGCGAAUCAAUCUUUCAGUCAAGGACGAAGGAGAUCAGUGCAUCUCCGCAUGUGCCCAAACUCGAGAUCACCGGCUUCGGCUUUGAUAAGGCUGGUUUGGGCACCGAGAUGUUCGCCGUGAAGGGAUCGGCCGAAGUUGAACAAGGAACUGUUAUUAGCCACGCAGGAUCGGGUUCAAUACUGGAUGCUUUGAGAGUCGGCGUUCCGCUCAUUGUUGUGCCUAAUACCGAUUUACUGCACAAUCACCAAGCGGAACUCGCGGAUGUUCUCGCUGAACAGGAAUAUGUUGUGCAUGGGAAAUUGGACGAUCUUGCAUCGUCAAUCACGGAAAUAGAAUCGCUUCGACGCAAGAUGAAGCAGUGGCCGCCACUGAGGUCGGGAGAGGAGAAGUACAAGAAUGGCCUUGCAGAUGUCAUGGCCGAAGAAAUGGGCUGGCAGAUCGGCUAA